AUGACGUUCACAAGUUUAUUAGUCACAAAUCCAAUCGUUGUUAAUCAGAAUGGAAGCUUUUCUUUUGUGGUUAUUGGUAUCGGAAAAACAACGGUACCAAUAGUUCAGGGUGCAGUACUCCAUUAUUAUCCUCUUAUAGAUGGUAUACUGCCACUUACGGGUUAUCGUGAUAAAGUAGACUUUUGCCAAAUGCUAAAUAACUCCAAUGGUCCAUGCCCUAUCAGCGGAAAUUUUAGUGUAAACGCUACAAUUACUCAUCCUCCUAAUUCCACAUAUUUACCUGGUAUUUAUAGCUUUUUAAAUGGCGCUAUUAUCAGAGCAGAAGCACUAAGUGAAAGUUAG